AUGGCCCAUCCUAGUACGGCAGAGAAAAGUAUACAGUUUGAAGACGAAUAUAGCGACAGCAAUUCGAAAGUCGUAGAUGAAAUUAUUUACAGAGCGGCAGAUGACAUAAAAGUGCUUCCUACGUGUGAUAGUUUACCAGAACCUGUACAUUUAGUUAGAAAUAAAUCUACUCUUAGUUUAAAUACUGAAAAAGAAAAUACAGACGCCGGGCAUAUAACUGAAGCUAUUAAUAAAGCUGACUACAACGAUGUACUACAAAAUGAAGAUAAAGUACCUACAUUAAAAGAAGUUGUUGACAAAGUUGUAGAAUUACAUGCUAUGGGAGAACUUGUUGAUAAUCCACAAAAGAAUGAAAACAUUGACGAGACACCGCCAAAAACUGAAGAAAACUUAUACAAACAUAACUUAGAAGAGACCAAUGCCUUGGAGAAAAGUGAAAAAGAUCCCACGCCUGCACAAGACAUGGAAAAAGAGGAACAUACUGAGGAUAAUCUAAGUCCUAGUCAUUCCGAAAGCAGCCGUGCAACACGUUGGGAGGCGCUUGCCGAUAUUGCUGCUGAGUUGCCACCCUCGCUCACAGUUGAUCCUAUUACAGGGCAGAUUUACGCUGUUUCCAAAUAA